AGAAGCUUCAGUCGUGAGCUAGCAUUGGGAUGUGUUGUGUUAAAAUGAAGAUAUUCUUCCUAGCUCUACUUGCACUGUGCGACGGACGGGCGAAUAAUCUUCCAGAUCCCAAAACCAUUGAAGAAACUAAUUCCUGGCUGAACAGUCUUUUGUCAAACGCAUCUUUGACUAAUUCCUCCAAGCAUGGGUCGUUAAACCCUACAGGCCCACAAAACGGCUGUGUAUUAAGUGAUAAUCAAGUGGGCAAAUGUGUGAAACCAUCUCAGUGUGAUGAAGAAAAAGAAGACGUAGAUCUUACGCAGUUAGGAGUCUACAGGCAAUCAGCUUGCCACUACUUAUUGAAAUGCUGUCCAGUUGACCAGGUGCUAGAGAAGCCAAAGCCCAAGGUGAUCUUCCCGCAGAACCCCUCGUGUGGAUGGAGUAACCCUGGUGCGUCUGUCUUCAGGAAGAAGGACAUAGACCACGCAGAUUUUGGAGAGUUCCCUUGGAUGAUAGCUAUGUUGAAUACGAAUGGUGAGAAAUCGGAAUAUUUCGGCGGUGGCUCUCUCAUACAUCCAUCAGUCGUGAUCACUGCAGCUCACAAGGUGCACAAAAUGCCUGCAGAUAAGAUAAGAUGUCGUGCCGGCGAGUGGGACACACAGACAGACAACGAGCUGUUUUCCCACGUGGAGCGUGGUGUUAGCAAGAUCAUCCUGCAUCCGGAAUUUAACGAUAAACGGUCCCAAAACAACGUAGCGCUGCUAAUACUACAGAGCCCCUUCAAUCUGACGGAUCAGCCCCAUAUGGGGAUCGCGUGCUUGGGCCGACAAGUCCCUGCCCCCGGGACGCUUUGUUAUAGCAUGGGAUGGGGCAAAACGUUUUAUGAUUCACAGGAAUACGCUACUAUAUUGAAAAAGCUUCCCCUUCCAAUAGUCGAGAAGAACAGCUGCGAAUAUUCCUUAAGGACAACUUUAUUGGGGUCAAAGUUUAAACUCCACAAUUCCCAGAUUUGCGCGGGGGGGGAGAAACAGAUCGACACUUGCACGGGGGACGGGGGGGCGCCACUAGUGUGCGAGAUAUCCAAAGACUCAGACGUCAGUCGGUACGCUAUUUACGGUAUGGUGGCGUUCGGAAUCGGCUGUGGGAGCAAGGUACCAGGGGUAUACGCGAGUAUACCCCACGUAUACGACUGGGUUGUGGAAACCCUGGCCAAUGAGGGGAUACCGGCAAACACUUUCACGUUUUAGUGAAUAAAUUAUUGUUA